GUAGGGAUGCUGUGCAGACCACUCCAUCGUCUGUCCCAGGCUUAUGGAGAACCGCUCACUUGCUGGCUGCCAGGAACCAGGGUGCUGAAAUGGAACAUAUAUUUGUCAUUUUUUUAAUGUUUAGUAAGGCCUUUUCAGUUGGAGCUCAAUUCAAUGGAUACAACUGUGAUGCAAAUUUUCACAGCCGCUUCCCUGCUGAGAGAGAUAUCAGUGUAUACUGUGGGGUCCAGACCAUUACCCUCAAGAUCAAUUUUUGCCCUGUUCUCUUCUCUGGCUACACUGACACCGACCUAGCCCUUAAUGGUCGCCAUGGAGAUGCCCACUGCAGAGGCUUUAUCAAUAACAACACCUUCCCCACUGUUGUAAUCUUUAGCAUCAGCCUGGCAACACUUGAGUCCUGUGGUAAUUCUUUGGUGGUGUUAACUGCUCAAGGACCCAAUGCUUAUGGGAACCUGUCCCUGGUGCAGAUUGGAAACAUAUCAGGGUAUAUUGAUACACCAGACCCUCCAACCAUCAUCAGCUACCUGCCAGGUCUGCUGUAUAAGUUUAGCUGCAGCUACCCAUUGGAAUACCUAGUCAACAAUACACAGCUGGCCUCGUCAUCAGCUGCAAUCUCAGUGAAGGAAAGCAAUGGCACUUUCAUUAGCACAUUGAAUCUCCUGCUUUAUAAUGACUCAUCAUAUAUUCAGCAGUUGUCCAUCCCAAUGGCAGGACUGACCCUGAAGACACGCAUAUUUGCAGCUGUAAAAGCCACUAAUCUGGAUAGAAGAUGGAACAUUCUAAUGGACUACUGUUACACCACACCUUCUGGAAAUCCUAAUGAUGACCUGCGUUACGAUCUUUUCUUUAGUUGUGAAAAAGACCCCCAGACCACAGUGUUUGAGAAUGGGAAGAGCCAGAUGGGUCGUUUUGCCUUUGAAGUAUUCCGCUUUGUAAAGCACAAGAACCAGAAGAUGUCCACUGUCUUCCUACACUGUGUCACCAAGCUGUGCCGAGCAGAUGAUUGUGCAAUGCUGAUGCCAAUCUGUGGCAGCAGGAAAAAGAGAGAUGUCUCUGAUGGAAAGGGAUCAAAUGCUGCAUCUGGAAACGCCAUCCUGACUGCUGGGCCUAUCAUAACUCGGAGUGAUGAAAUACCAGCCAAUAAUUCUCAGCUGGCCCAUCUUAAAGCUCCAGUGUUUCACACAAAUACAAUGACCAUCGCACUCAUCUCAGGCAUGAUCAUUCUGGGUGUCAUGUGCCUAUGCUUCUUCAUCAUGUCCCUCACCCUUCUGAAAGGCAAGAGCGCUCCAGUCGGCACCCUGUCAGGAGUCCGAAACCUAACCUUCAACUGAGUACCUGAACUCACACAUUUCUCAUCAGUUCAAUGCUAACCAAGAAUGCAGAACACACGCUGUCUGUGCAUGUGGGCAUCAAAGAAUUUAACUGUUGAAAAAAAAUACCUGUUACCAGGUCUGUACAAUGAGUAUUAGUGCAGGAGUUAAGUAAAACUGGGUUUUGUGUUCCUAUCGCACAAAAAGCUAAGCCUCAGCCUGCAUAUUUUUCAUGCAGCUUUAACCCAUUAGUGGGGAUACUAAAAACUUACUGCAAUACCUCAGCUAUACAGUUUUCAUUGCAGGGUACGGGAUCAAUUAUAUGGCUUGCAGUGCAUUAUAUAGUGUAUAAUAAACAUAGCAUUUCCUGAGAGAAAUGAUAGAUAUUAGAGAGAUAGAUUUACUUAAUCAUUUAUUAGGAGGUUUUUUUCCCCUAAAUAUGUAUUUCCAUCGCUUGAUUUAAAUAUUUUUAGUUACUGUGUUAGCAAUAAACUUGAUUGUUAAGGAUAUUUUGUACAUGUGCUACCUUAUGUAUAACUUUUCCUGAUAUGUGGUUAAAAUGCAACUUGAUUUGUUCACGAAAUGUACAAAUUGUCUUCAAACGUCCAUGUUGCUAAUACUGCAC